CGCCCCUCGUUCUCUGAAUCUGGGCUUCAGCAGCACCAGCCCCACAACCUUCGAUUUAAAAAUCACACACAAAACUCCAAACCCGUGCCUCCCUCCCAAACCCUAGCGUUCUCCAAUCCUCCAAGCGACGCCGGCGUUCUCGAUCUCACCAUGGAUCUCAAGGAGAACAAGUUCUUCAGCAUUGGCCUCGUCUUCCUGGCCACUAUCAUCUUCAUCAAGCUCUUGGCUGCGCUUUUCCGGUCCGGAUCCAAGCACCGCCAGCCGCCGAUCGUCAAAUCGCUGCCGGUGAUCGGAGGGCUUCUCCGAUUCAUGAAAGGCCCCAUCUUGCUGAUUCGCCAGGAGUAUCAGAAGCUUGGGAGCGUGUUCACGCUCAACAUUGUGAACCGAAAGAUCACCUUUUUCGUCGGUCCCGAGGUAUCCUCGCACUUCUUCAAGGCGCCUGAGGUGGAGCUCAGUCAGCAGGAGGUGUACCAGUUCAAUGUACCCACUUUCGGUCCUGGGGUUGUUUUCGAUGUGGAUUACUCUGUGCGGCAGGAGCAGUUCCGCUUCUUCACGGAGUCGCUCAGAGUGAGCAAGCUCAAGAGCUAUGUCGACCAGAUGGUUGUGGAGGCUGAGGAUUACUUCUCAAAGUGGGGAGAGUGUGGUGAAGUGGAUCUAAAAUAUGAGCUGGAACAUCUUAUCAUUCUAACGGCAAGCAGGUGCCUUCUUGGCAGGGAGGUGAGAGACAAACUCUUUGAUGAUGUCUCCGCGCUCUUCCAUGACCUUGACAAUGGCAUGCGCCCCAUUAGCGUCAUCUUCCCGUACCUCCCAAUCCCUGCUCACCGCCGUCGUGAUAGGGCCCGAGCAAGAAUUGCUGAGAUCUUCUCAACCAUUAUCAACUCCCGCAAGGUGUCUGGCAAGUCUGAGGAUGACAUGCUGCAGUGUUUUAUUGAGUCCAAGUACAAGGAUGGUCGCCCAACCACUGAUGGUGAAAUUACCGGGCUUCUCAUUGCUGCACUCUUUGCUGGCCAACACACCAGCUCCAUUACAUCCACCUGGACUGGUGCCUACCUUCUCCGCUUCAAACAAUACCUUGCAGCUGCACUUGAUGAACAGAAGAAGCUCAUGAAAAAGCACGGGGAUAAGGUUAACCAUGAUAUUUUAGCAGAGAUGGAUGUGCUCUAUCGCUGCAUCAAGGAGGCUCUGAGACUUCACCCACCUCUAAUAAUGCUGCUCCGUCAAUCUCAUGCUGACUUCACUGUGAAAACCAAGGAAGGGACUGAGUACGACAUCCCAAAGGGCCACAUUGUUGCCACUUCCCCUGCUUUUGCAAACCGACUUCCUUACAUCUACAAGGAUCCCGAUACAUAUGACCCAGACCGUUUUGCACCUGGUCGAGAGGAGGAUAAGGUUGCCGGGGCCUUCUCAUACAUUUCAUUCGGGGGUGGCAGGCACGGGUGCCUUGGUGAACCAUUUGCUUACUUGCAGAUAAAGGCGAUCUGGACUCAUUUGUUGAGGAACUUUGAAUUCGAGCUUGUCUCUCCCUUCCCGGAGAUUGAUUGGAAUGCCAUGGUGGUUGGUGUGAAAGGUCAGGUGAUGGUGAGGUACAAGCGGAGGAAGCUGUCUGUUGAUACCUGAACACAACUCAUGGAAUGAAGAAGACGAUAUCUUUCAUGUUCAUGAAUAAUGCAUGCUUAAUCGUCUGCAUCCAUCUACCUUCUAUAUUCUGCAUCGUAUCGUGGUUGUAGUAACUUAGUAGCUGUGUGGUUCUUCAUAGAAUGCUGGACCAUGGUAAGUUCUUUCCCAUGUUUGCAAUUUCAUCUAUGGUUGCUUCUUGCUCUAAUUUAUGUCAUGAAUUAUCUCACAUUCAUUUGCUCCUUUUUGCACUUCUGAUGCAUGAUCCACUAAGUUUAAUUUUAGUUUUCCUGUUGCUUGAUGCCUUGAUCAUUAUAGUGAAUUAUCUUUGUCA